AUGUUAUGGCUGCGAGACUUAGUACCAAUUGACAUUAGAGCGGAAGGACGUUAUUCAGUUUCCACUAUGGGAAAUCCAGGAGCGCUGAUGAUCCAACAGGCAAAAGAAGAGGACCAAGGGAAAUACGAGUGCGUGGCACGGAACAGCUACGGUGUUGCGCACUCCAAAGCUGCCCAUCUCUACGUGAAAGGUCGGAUGUUGAAUUUUGUCUCACUUUCUAUACGUCGGGUUCCACCAUAUUUUUCCUACAAACUAGAGAAGGUCUACCGUGUUGGGGCCGGCGGCAGUGUGAACUUGACAUGUGUUGCAGUUGGAUUUCCUAUGCCAAGGGUGUUCUGGAAAAAGAGCGACGACGUGGUGCUGAACGAUCCAGCCAUGGCACCAAUUGGGAAGAAUGUGCUCACUCUGACCAAUGUCGAGCAGUCGGAUAACUUUACUUGCGUCGCUGUUAGCAAGCUGGGCAACAUUGAAGCCACCACACUUGUCGAUGUGCAAGCACUGCCGCCACCGCCCCGGAACUUCCAGGUGUCUUCGGUCACCAGCGACACUGUUACCCUCACAUGGCAAGCACCGACUCUUAACGAACCAGCUAGGGAAUAUGUAGUCAAGUACCGGCAAAAGUACAGCGACUCCAAUGCAGCAAAGAAAUUUCGAGUAUAUCCCAACGUAACGAGCGCUACUAUUGACAGUUUGGAACCGUUCCAGCUGUAUGAAUUCACGAUUGUAACUGUGGGAGAAUUCGGUGAGGGUCCACCUUCCAUAACAAAAGAAGCUCAGACAGCUCCUGCAGUUCCAGGAAGUCCUCCAUUAAAGAUCCUUCGUGAGCUGUACAAAAAUUUCACAACAUCACCAUCCUGCAACGAUAUUAACAAUGAAAUCAAAAGGGGAGUUAGGCAAGGCAAUACUAUNUCACCAAAAUUAUUUACCACCACCCUCCAUAAGGUUAUGCGAACAUUGGAAUGGGAUAAUAUGGGAGUGGAAAUCGAUGGUCAGCAGCUACACUAUCUUCGCCUUGCUGAUGACAUCUUCCUUAUAACACCAAACAUUAACCAAGCGAAACGCAUGUUUGACGACUUUGAUAAAGCUUGUGGAAAGAUUGGCCUUCGACUAAAUCUCACAGAAAUGAUGUUCAUGAAGAACGGAUUGGUUUCGUAUGCCCCAUUGACGCUCAAUGGAACGAAUAUCUCCGAAUGCUCCAGUUAUGUCUAUCUAGGUCGGGUGAUCAAUAUGAUGAACGACCUGGUUCCAGAGCUGAGCAGAAGGAAACGAGCGGCUUGGGAAGCUUUCAAGACCAUCGACGAUGUAGUGAAGAGAACAAGAAACACGCGACUCCGUGCCCACCUUUUCGACUCAACUCUACCUCCUGUCCUAACGUAUGCGUCAGAAACUUUGUCGCUGCCUAAGCAGGACGAGAGGUCACUCAGUGUUACUGAACGCGUAGUCGAAAGGACGAUGCUAGGUGUAUCCCGCUCCACACAAGUUCAAGCGCGAAGUCUGAGUCGUGAUUCGGUGCUAAUAAAGUGGAGCCCGAGUGAGAAACCGAACGGUAUCAUUACCAACUACCGUAUCUUUUAUACGAAUAAGAAUCGGUCCACUCCAAUCUCUCUCUGGAAUAUGCACGACACGAAGUCUGAUGAGCUUAUAGCAACACUAUACGGUUUAGAACCUGAAAAACGAUACUUCAUCGUGGUCCAGGCCUUUAACGUCAAAGGCGCUGGCGAGCUGAGUGCCGUGUCCACCGUCACUACUAAGCACGGAAGUCAGUUUACCAUAAUGUGUUUCCACUAUCUACCUUUGAUUACAAAUGCUUUUCAUUAUAAUAUUUGUACUACCACUUACAACACAUAUUCCCUUUUUCCGAGCUUUAGAGUGGCGGCGAUCUCAGCUCGUGGUCAAGGCGAAUUUAGCGAUCCUAUCCUGGUCACCACAAUGCAGUCCAGUGAGUCUCUUUUGGAUUUCUGCCAAGUUUGUUGUGCUUUUCGUGAAUGUUGUGUUUGUGAACCAUACUGGCCUUCAGCUCCACCGGUACCGCCUGAUCUUUUGAGCGUCACGGCUAUCUCGUCUUCCUCUCUGCAUGUGGUCUGGACUGCACUCAAUGCUAGCCAAGAAAUCGUGCAGUAUCGUGUUCGUUUUCGUGUUGUCGGUACAGAGGACGAGGUCCUGACCGAUAUCAGUACGAGCUACGAGGACGAUGAGGCUCCAGCCACGAAAUCGUCCGUCUGGAACUAUGUGUUCGUGGAUGCUAGGGACGUGAUGGUGAAUAUAACCGACCUGAUGCCGUUCACCACCUAUGAGAUCAGCGUUGCCGCACUAACCGAACAGGGCUUUGGUCCUGAAAGUAAUCAUUUGCGUGUACGAACUCAUGAAGACGGUGUGUUUUUCGACAAUAUAUUUUCUAUCAAUCAUUCCUCUCAAUUUCAGAUGACGACGAAAAUUCCCUACCUGGUAAGUAGUCGUUGUGUAGUGUUACUAUGA